UCAUAAAAAUCGAAUGGUAACGUACAUCCCUAGUGUACCCACUGUGUAAUUGUGUGUGAUAAUAUUUAUCAACUGUGAAAAAAAUAUGUAAUUAAAUUUAUUAUCAAUCUUAACGAAGGUGUUCGAAAAAAUGUCUUCUACAAAUCUACUGGCGAAGGUUCGAAGUCACUUUGCUACCAAUUACAUGAAUGCCGUCGAUGAAUGGUUGGAAGACUGUGUGGAAUAUUUAAGAGCAAUACAUGGCGAUGACGUGAAUAAAAUACAGGAAGAAGCUAAACAGCAGUGGUUGCUAAAUGAUUUGGAGGAGGUGUGCACAGGCUCACUGCCAAAAAAUAUAUCUCAAGAACAUAAUAAAAUACUUAAUGGAGUUUACCUACUACAAAUAAAGUCUGUACAGGAUAUUGGCACCCCUGCUUAUCAACAGUAUUUGGAGUUACAUAAGGUGAAUAUGGAAAAUGUAGAGGCAACAACAAGACAAGAGGAUAAAAGAGCUAAUCACAGAAUGUUAAAACUUCAACUGACGGAUGGGGAUCAAGAGCUCUUUGCCAUUGAGUACGAACCAAUAAGAUGUCUGCACUCCAACAUGGCACUACAGAGCAAACUGUUGAUUAAAGGUCCAGUGACGUGCAGGCGAGGCCACCUGCUGCUGACCGCGGGCUGCACGGGCCCGCCGCCCGCGCGCACACACGAAACAAGAGACGCAUUCGAGUGUAACGUCCAACGCGCGGCGCUGCCCGACCCAGCGGAGGGACCGCCGGCCCCCCGCGCCGCGCCGCCGUCGGACCACACCAAGAGACCUCUCCCUGAAACUAUUCAAAAUCCAGAAAAACGUCUAAAAGUCGACUACGAUGAUGAAGACUUCAUGGCUGCAGAAGAUGAGGACCAUCUGAGAGAAGUGGAAGUCGGCUGUGACGCGCUGCUUCACAAACAUCAAUGUGUCGUUCCCGGCGAGCCUUACGUCUAUAUCAAACAGAUCGUGGAGCUGCCCGAAGCGGACAGGGCGGGCAGAGUGUUCACGGUCAAAGCUCUGAUCAUAAAGCUGCUGCAAAAGCUGACGGUCGGGCGCGACGGCUGGAGCCUCCGCUGCACGCUCGUGGACGGCAGCGGCGCCCUGGACCUGGAGUUCGCCAGCGACGUCUUCUCCGAGCUCAUCGGCCUCUCGCCGCACCAGAUGUACCGCCUCAAGAAGGAGAUGGGUUCCAGGCCAGACCUCCGAGACAAGCUGGAUAAGCGACGUGUGGGGCAAGCUCGCACAGAGACAGAUGCACCACAACGAAGGGUUCGGUUUCCAGGCGCUACAGAAGGCUAAGGAGAGUCUGCAGGUGCUGUACUGUCUGUUCGAGGUGACGUACGCGGGGGGCGCGGGGGGAGCGGGGGGAGCGCCGCGGGUGAGCGCGCUGCACGCGUACGGGCGCGCGCACGCCGCGCAGCUGGCCCGCCGCGCCCAGCGCGCUGUGUGAGCAGCUGAGCGCGCCAACCGGUUUUCAAACGUGAACCAAACUAUAUUAACGAAAAACAAGCGCAACAAUAAUGUAAAAAAAAACAACAAUACAAUAAUACUGAAAAGUGUUAGGUACUGUAAAGUAAUACUGACAACGGUAAUCAAUUUACCUCUAUUGAACUAGUAAUUAACAGUAAGGAAAGGAACAGUAAAGCAGAACAACAUAAUAUAUUUGUAAAAUGAACUAAAUUACAAGUAAAAAAUAGUGCGCGUCCAACUAAGUGCACGUGAAAGAAAUGAAACUUCUAUUGUGGUGUGUAAUAUUGUUUUUUUUUCAUUUGCCAUCCUUAAAUCACAUUUCUCUUGUAAUAGUGAAUACUGUGUAUAAGAGAAACGACCUCUUGACUAUAUAAAUAGUCAAGAGGUCGUUUCUCAGUUUUAAUUUAAAAUAUAUGUAAAUAUAUUUUAAAAUAUAUAUAAAUACAUUUUAAAUUAUGUAUAGAAAA